AUGUCCGCCAUCGUCGUCCCCAGCCCGGUGCCGUCCCCCUCCGACGACGCUGAGGGCAUCAGGAAGGCGCUCCAAGGAUGGCGGGCGGACAAGGAGGCCCUGGUGCGCAUACUGGCACGGAGGACGGCGGCGCAGCGGUCGGCGAUCCGCCGCGCCUACGCCUUCCUCUUCCGGGAGCCCCUCCUCAACUCCUUCCGCCAGCGGCUCUCCCGCCAGUACUGCCCCGUCACCGUCGACUUCUGGAAGGCGGUCAUCCUGUGGACGAUGGACCCGGCGGAGCGGGACGCGAACCUGGUGCACGGCGCGCUGCGGCGGCGAGGGGACGGCGACCACCUCGCCGUGCUGGUGGAGGUCUCGUGCGCGUCCGACCCCGACCACCUCGUGGCCGUCCGGCGCGCCUACCGCUCCCUCUUCGGCUGCUCCGUGGAGGAGGACCUCGCCUCCUGCGCCGCGCUCCAGCAGCCGCUCAGGAAGAUGCUGGUGAGCCUCGUGAGCUCCUACCGCUACGGCGGUGACCGCGUCGACGCGGACGUGGCGAAGCUGGAGGCGUCGCAGCUCUCGGAGGCCGUCCGGAGGAAGCAGCCGCACCACGACGAGGUGGUGCGGAUCCUCAGCACCCGGAGCAAGCCCCAGCUCAGGGCGACGCUCCGGCGGUACAGGGAGGACCACGGCACCGACAUCGUCGAGGACAUCGACAGCCGCUGCAGCAGCCAGUUCGCCAGGACGCUGAAGAGCGCCGUCUGGUGCCUGACCUCGCCGGAGAAACACUUCGCGGAGAUGAUCAGGGAGUCGGUGGUGGGGCUGGGGACUUACGAGGACAUGCUGACGAGGGUGGUGGUGUCGCGGGCGGAGAUCGACAUGAGGCAGAUCAAGGAGGAGUACAGGGCCAGGUUCAAGACCACCGUGACCUGCGACGUCGUUGACGACACCUCCUUCGGCUACAAGGACAUCCUGCUGGCCCUGGUUGGCGGCGAGGAAGAGUGAAGCGGCAGACCUGGAACGAUGCAGCGCGGUCACCUCCGACCGGACGCCGUCGCCGCUAUUUUUUUUACGUCAUAUGAUUAUUUUUUUCGUGAUGAAUGCAUGUUGUUUCUACAUCUUCAUUCUUUUCCUAGCACGUGUGUAACCUUUUUCAAAGUGUUUCUUGAACCAUUUAAACUGACACUAAAUGAUGU